AUGCACUGGCUCGCAAACGCUCUGCGCUUUGAGCAACUACGUUAUCAGCUUGUCGCUUGGAGGCUUAACCGGCGUCAAGGCUGCCAUUCCCAUGCUGCUCGUGUCGAUCGGCUCCAAGCUGAGCGAAAGAUUCCCUCUGCAUUUGGAAGACACCUGGUUGGACAGCUGGGUUUGUAUUGGCAUACUCAGCUUCCUGCUUAUCUUGGAGCUGGUGUCCGACUGCAUACCUGCCCUGGCUUCAUGCCAAGACUGCUUCAUGCUGGUGGCAAAGCCGGUCAUUGGGUUCUCCAUGGCUUUGACACCGAGCUAUGGGAACCAGUACGGCAUUAG